AUGCCUGGUGUCUUACUGCCGGACUCCGAUAUCGUCCCUCUGAUCCUAUGGAAGCCUCAUUCACCACCCGCCGCUGAGCCAUCUUCCUCAAACGCCUAUCUUAUUGCUUUUCUUCCACGUCUGUUCCAGCCUGUGACGUACCCUGCGCUUGCAAUCGCACACGAACGCGGACAACAACGAACUGCGCAACCUGCUAUUCUCCGACACACCCUCUCGCUCCCUUCUAUAUUCUACGCGCCGGUCGCGCAUAUCAUUCAUCGUCACUCAGCAUCAUGGGGAAGCGCAAAAGUUCGAGCAAACCUCAAGGCCCGAAAAAGGUUCGUUUGCUUCCUCCGCUUGAGGGCUGGUGCAGGUUGCUUGUAUGCUGGCGACGCAGUUAUUGACGCCAACUCACAGAGAGAGGUUCUUCCCUCCAAGUUCACGUGCCUCUUCUGCAACCACGAAGACUCCGUCGCUGUAAAGCUGGAUAAGAAAGCGGGUGUUGACCUUUCAGCCGCCGUGGACGUUUACGGAGAGUGGGUGGACGCUGCAGAUGCCGUUGCCAAGGAAGCAGGACCCGUCGGCGGAAGCAAUCACAAGACCUCGAGCGCUCGGCGCCCCCCCACCAGCCGGCCAGUAGACGAUGACGACGACGAUAGGAGAUACGGGGGUGAGGGUAUCGACAUGGAUGAUGAUGAAUACUAG